CAAUUUUCGUUAGUUUUUUGUGUUUUUUUUUUGGUUUUUGCACAGCCGUGCAUAGGUGAUAAAUUGGGGCGUAGUCCAAGCUGGCAGCAUAGUCCGUUGCCAACGCGUCGUUGAGAUAGAAGUGUUCGCUGAAUCGAAUUGAGUGUAAAUUAAAUCCUUGAGAAAUGCAGUUGAUCAGUCUGCUGCUGCUGCUGCUUGGUGCCCUAGGAUAUUGUGUGGCUGCACCACGUGGCUACUACUACGGCAGCUAUUACCCGCAACGGCGAGCCCCUCCAUCGAUCUACAACUACAACAAUGCGCAACAACAGAGCAGCCGGUUCAGUCGGAGCCAGAGCAGUUCGAGCAGCAGGCAGGCGGACAAGGAGAAUGCCAAGUUCGCUGGUGCUGCCAAUCAGGAGCUGGACGAACUGAGCUCCGAUGUCGGCGACGACAGAUCUCUGCUGCUCAAGAAGAAGCUGAAGAGACUGUAUCGACCUUUAUAUUCCGGCUAUGGAGGACCUUGCUCUCCCUUUGGUCGAGACGCCGCCGGUGGCCGGAAAGAUGAGGUCGAGCAGGGACGGUUUCUGUUCGACGUGAAUGUGUACAAUGUGUAUGGCGGAUCUAACGGCUGUCGUGGCUACAGUGGCCUGGGUGGUUUGGGUGGUUUUGGUGGCUUGGGUGGCUUGGGUGGCCUGGGCGGCGGUUUGCUGUCGGACCCCAUUGCUCCCGUGGCGCCAAUUCGACCCCUUGCACCUUUAGCCACCUGGCUAUCGCUUUUUGCGCCCGGCAUCUUGCAAAACAGCCUGGCGGCCACUGUACCCGCCAGACCCUACGCUGAUCCACUCCCAGCACGUCCAGCACCGGCAGCUGGCGACUUGCAAAGUGAUCCAGCCGUCGAUCCCAACUACAACCCAGUUCCAGUGCGUCGUCCUGUUCCGAAUCGCGUCUACUACGAUUCUGCAGGCGCGCCACCAUUGACACCGGGAGCACUUACGGCCGGUGUCUCUACGACAAUAAAUGGAAUAAUUCAGCAGCUGACGGGUCAGGUGCAGCCGGUCUACCAGACGGGCACCUAUCGCUCCACAAAUCAACGCAGCAGCUAUGGAUAAACUCAAAAACGAGACUCGAGAAAAACAAAAACAAAUCGAUUAGUAUUUAAAUGUGAUUAUCUACAACUAGAUGGUAUCGAAUACACAUAAGACAUAAUAUUAAAAUGUAAAAUAUUAUAAACCUUUAAAAUUUA